CUAAACUCUGACUUUAGGACAAAGACCUUUUCAUUUGACUAAGUAUCCUCAUGGACUGAAACAUCUAAAGUUUAUUGGGAAUUUAAAAUAGAAAAUUAAUAUUACAGAUUGAUGACAUCUCCUUAGACCACCUAAAAGAAAACAAUAAAAGGAAGGGAAAGUGGAAAGAAAUGUUUAGAAAAUGAAAACCGUUGUGUUCCCUAUUUAAGGGCCAUGCUUAGAAAGAAGGUCAUUGCACAACUUUUGGCCCAAGGUUGUUCUCCAGACGCCCAGCUCAGCCAGGCCAGCAGCACCCUCGUUCGCCCAUGGCCCUCCUGCUCUCUCUACUCACCGCCCUGGUGGUGUUCAGUGCUGGCCCCGGGGGAGCUCUGGGCUGUGACCUGCCUCAGGACCACGUCCUGCUCAGCAGAAAGAACUUAGACCUUCUGAACCAAAUGAGCACAAUCUCCCCUGUCUUCUGUGUGAAGGACAGAAAGGACUUCAGAUUCCCCCACGCAACGGUGGAUGGCAGCCAGGUCCAGAAGGCCCAGGCCAUCGCUGUCCUCCACGAGAUGCUCCAGCAGGUCUUCAACCUCUUGCCCACAGAGAACUCCUCUGUCACCUGGAACACAACCCUCGUGGGCGAACUGCGUUCAGGACUCCAUCUGCAGCUGGAAGCCCUGGAGGCGUGUUUGGUGGAGGAGAUGGGAGAGGAAGGAUCUGCCCUGGCCAUGCAGGGCCCUCCCCCGGCCUUGAAGAGGUACUUCGAGGGCAUCCAUCUCUACCUGAAGGAGAAGAAAUACAGUGACUGCGCCUGGGAGGUUGUCAGAGGGGAAAUCAUGAGAUCCUUCCCCUCAAUAACAGCCUUGCAAGAAAGGCUAAGAAAUAAGGAUGGAGACGUGGGAUCCCCCUGAAAGGAUUCUCAGGGAUGAAUGUGCCACAUCACGUUUGCACAUCUGUCCUCGGUCAUGUCCAAAGGCUCUCACAUCUGCUCUAGUCACAGAAUUUAUUGAAUUUUACUCAGGAAAUCUGUUGUCAGAGUAUUAAGUGAGAAAAUGUUAGAAAAUUCAGUUCCUGGGUCAACGGUCCCUGAUAGCUUACUGCCUGAAUGGUGAUUUAUUGUUAUUUGUUUAUUUAUUUAUUUAUUUAUUUAUUCAUUCUUUCAUCUUAUAUUUCUGUAUUUAUAUAACCAAUAUUUGCUCUUAUCUUGUAUUAAAAUUUAC